AUGACUUUCAUGAUAACUUCAUUCAUCCAAUUCUUCAUCGUCUCAACAUCCAAGUUUUUCAUCUACCCCAAACUCAAUUUUUCCAUGGAUGAAUCCAAGAUUCAUGUUGAAAAAAAGACCCAACAUUCAAAAUUAUCAAAAAGGAUGCCUUCGUUUAGAGAUAGAAGCUUACGAAGAGAUGAGGUGGAGAUGGUGAUGGGCAGUUUGGGAAUUUCCAAUCCUAAAGGCGAAAAAAUCCCAGAAAGAUUGAGUUCUAAUGAUGUUUUUAACAUUUUUGAGGAAGAAAAUCCAAAUUUGGAUGAAGUUAAGGGAGCUUUUGAUGUAUUUGAUGAAAUUAAAGAUGGAUUUAUUGACGCAGGAGAGUUGCAAAGAGUUCUUUAUGCUAUGGGGUUGAAGGAUAGAGCACAAAUGGAUGAUUGCAAGAAGAUGAUUAGAGUUUUUGAUGUGAAUGAUGAUGGUAGAAUAGAUUUUGAUGAGUUUGUGAAGUUUAUGGAAGGAACAUUUUGUUAA